GUUGCAAGGACGGCAAUGGGUUUUUUCUCUCCCUGCAGCGAGGAAAGGGGAGGGAGAGGACGGGGGGAGACGGGCAGAUCCCGGAGCUCUGAAGGGACGAGGGUUUCGUCUUUUCUUUCUGAAUGCGGAAAUUUGAGUAACGGCAUCAGCGAGCAGAUACUGCUCAACCGGGAGAGGGGCACGCCGAGAGCUGAAGCAAAACCACCCCCCGCUCCCGCCGAGCACAGCCCUCCGCCACCGUUGCGGAAGGUGCCGGGGUCUGCCCCUGUCCCCCUGCCCUCGCACCAACGCCGGGGCCGCGGGGACAGGGGAGCCAGGGGCAGCGCCCGAUCCCGUGUCGCCCUCCCGCCGCCGGACUGUCCCGUGGGUGCCUCCCGCCGGCCGGGGCCGGGGUGGGGACCGGAACCGGAGCCGGAGGCGGGCGCGGGGAUAAAACCGCCCCGCCAGCGAGCGCCCUUUAUACCGGCGUGCGGAGCGGCGGCAGUAGCGAGCGGCGGGGCUGAACAUCACCGCGCGGCGACAUCGAGUCACCUGCCAACAUGUCCGACAAACCAGACAUGGCCGAGAUCGAGAAAUUUGACAAGUCCAAAUUGAAGAAGACAGAGACGCAAGAGAAAAACCCGCUGCCUUCAAAAGAAACAAUUGAACAGGAGAAGCAAGCGGGGGAAUCGUAAUGAAAUCUGCCCUUCCAAAUUAUGCACUGUACAUUCCACAAGCAUUGCCUUCUUAUUUUACUUCUUUUAGCUGUUUAACUUUGUAAGAUGCAAAGAGGUUGGAUAAAGUUUAAAAUGACUGUACUGCCCCUUUCACAUCAAAAGAAUAGAGAGAACUACUGACACUGAAUGAAGGCGCUGCCUUUCCCUCUGCCUGUCUGGCUUUGGUCCUGGUGGCAUGAAAGAGCUUGCAUGUUGAUGAAAGAAGAACUUGGGUGGGACUACAGUAAACUAGAGUAACACACGAAUAAAUGCAAAGCUGUACCAAGGUCCUGCGAGCUGUAAAAUGCAGUUAAUCGAGUGCCAUUUUUUUUUUUUUUUUUGUUCAAAUGAUUUUAAUUAUUGGAAUGCACAAUUUUUUUAAUAUGCAAAUAAAAUGUUUUAAAACCUG